GUAGAGGAGACAGUAAAUAUGGAACUUGGCCCUUUGCCUCUUUAGUGAAAGUAUUCGUAUCGUUCAGAUUGUAGAUCUGGAAGUCCCUUUCAUAUUUCAUUGAGAAUUUCUGCCUGCUGCCGCCGGUUUCCGCCUGCCUCCCGCCGAUUGCCGCUGAUAGUCCGUCUUCCUCGUCGUCAGUCUUUCCAAUGUGCAGUCUGGAAAAUAACUCUUCUUAGCAAAAUAACUUGUGUAACACAAGAAUCCGUCCUCAUCUGUUAUCAUUCAGUCUCCAGAGCCACUCAGAAAGAAAGUUCUUAUUGUGAUGCUUGUGUUACCACUGCUUCUUUGUUCCUCGUCACUGGCUUCCAUGUUACAAGGGCAUGGGUUUGUGGACAUUGCUCGAGGGCUGCCUGCUUCUUGCAAAUGCACUUGCAAUAUUGAACGAAGACCGUUUCCUUGCUCCAAGAGGAUGGAGCUUCCAGGAAUAUUCAGGGGUCCGGAGAAAUUCAUUCAAGGGCCAGCUACUUGGUCUUAUUUAUGCGACUCAAUAUCUGAGAGUUCUUCUCAUACUCCUCAACACACUCUGUAUUGUUGUAAAGUUUGUAUCUGGAUGAUGAUUCUUGGGUGAGACACGAAAGUUCAUAGAUGGAAGGGUGCAGAAGCUUCUUUGAGGAAAAGCCGCAAGUCUUGUCACAUUUUGUUAGAACCCUGAUACAAGCUGAUCUUCUUCUAUUAGUUUUAGAUUAAGAAUUGUUUUUCGGUCUUUAUGAACAACUGUUGUAAAGUGGGUCAUCAGUUCAACUCCCUAUGCAUAGUAGUUUUGAGUUUCUGCAGUUUUUUGAAUACAUGUGGAAUAUUGUCCUGCAUCUCUUCUUAGCAUUUACUUAACAGGAUGUUGUUUUUAUGCGAAGCCUAUUCUUGUGAUGAAAGGGAGUCUUGUAGUUAGGAUUGUAAUGAU